AUGUUCAGACCAUUAGGAGGUUCCUAUAGCAUUUGAAUUAAGCCAGGGUAUAACCAGUUUGAGAUCAAAGUUUCCAUCUUUUUCAAGAUUUUCUUGAUUCUUGAUCAGAUCACGUUGAAGCACCACCAAUUAGCUAUAUGGAGACAUUACCGGUGGUCAAAUGUCGCCGCUUUGGUUCCCGGGAAGUCGGAGAUCGAUGUCAAGAACCAAUACGAGAAAUUGAAAGCCGAUAUCAAUGAAAUCGAGGCUGAUAUGGUUCCCGAUCCCGGCUAUUUCACCUCGUCUUUUGAAGAUCAGAGCUUCAGUCUCUUCGGAAAGAGGCCUCGAUCUUGUGAUCAGGAGAGACGAAAGGGUGUCCCGUGGACUGAAGAAGAACACAGGCGAUUCUUGGUGGGUCUUCAAGUUCAUGGAAAAGGAGACUGGCGAAGUAUUUCACGUAACUUCGUGAUGACAAAAACCCCGACACAAGUCGCAAGUCAUGCGCAGAAAUACUACGCGAGACAACAUUCAGAUGGGAAAGAGAAGAGAAGACCUAGUAUUCAUGAUAUCACGAUCAUCAAUCAUCCUGACAACACCGAGAGAUCUCCACCGUCGAUUAACAAACCCACUGGACUACCAAAGGACUUGCUACACUGGAAUAACCCGAGUGAUGAAACUGUGACGGCGUAUCCAUUUGAAAUUGCGAAAAUGAACAAGAGUGUCCGAGUUUACAACUCCGGCCUCCGUUUCCAACCUACAAGUGAUUACUACGCGUAUGACAAGGAUGCAAGUUUCUAG